CACAACUCAUCAACACCCAGAUACAAUGACCAAACAGGCCUGUUACAUUGUCAACCACCACCACCACUUCACACAGAAGCUAUCGAGCAAGCACGACUGGACGGACGUCACCUCACGCGCCAUGUUCGUCCGUGACAUUGUUGAGCGCCCAACGGCCAAGCCGACCGAGCCCAGCGCGGCUCCCCAACCACCUCGACCUCCCGUCGCUGGACAGUCGAAGCACGGCUUCCCACUCGCGCCGCAUCGCUCCGCGCGCGCAGCAGGAGGUGGUUCUGCCUUUUCUCGAGCAAGGAAGGACGACUCGGUCCGACGCGGAGGUGGGCUUGUGGCUGGAGAAGGGCGCGUUGUGGAAAACGUCCCCAUUGUUCAGGCCGCACAGACCGCUCCCGUCCCACCAGCACACGACGACACUCUCUCCGAGGCCGAGCAGGUCCAACGCUCUGUUGAUGUCGAGAACCGACAGCGUGUGGCCGCCAUGAGCGAUGCCGAGCGGGAACAGGAGGCCGGCGAGAUCAAGGAGCGGUUCGGUGCCGACGUCGUCGAGCUCAUGCACAAGCGCCGUGCUGUCCGCGAGGCAAAGGCAGCCACGUCAGCUGCUGCCGGCCAGCCGCCUGCUGAGGCGCCGCCAUCAGAGUUCCCCGGCAAGGUGUUUGGGCCUUCUCUGGACGCGCCACAGCCUGAUGCUGCAAGGAUUCGCGCGGAGGUCGAUAGCGAGAACCGGCAAAAGGUUGAAGCAAUGUCACCUUCUCAACGAUCAGAGGAAGUGCAGGACCUUGAGGAACGCUUUGGUGCCGACCUUCUAGCCAAACUCCGUGCGCGCGCUCAGAAACGCGCAGCAAAGUCAACAGACACACCCGCAACAGAGCCAGAGAGCAAGCCGACACCAAUAGAAGUCGACCCUCCCGCAGCAGCCACGGAAGAACCUCAACCUUCGAGCAGCCGCCGACGACCCAGUGUGCGGUUUGCAGACACUGCCCGUGUAAAGAUGUACGACGAUAAGAAUGACACCCCCGACGUGUUGAGGCAGGUCUACUUCCCCAACGAGAACCCCAACGAACCAAAGCUCGAGUGGACGAAGGACGCCGAGCCCAGGUCAGAGCCCAGCGACACCCCUCGCUUCGACCUGUCUGGAGCGCCGCUGUCCGCAGAAGCCGCAGCCGCGCUGCCGACUCACCUCGGACUGCACCAUCAUGGCGAUGCGCCAGACUUGGCGGGGUACACAAUUAGCGAGAUCACCCACCUGUGCUACUCGACUGUGGCGUCGCAGCGUAUCACGAUGAUGGGCGUGCUCGGCAAGAUCAUCACACGUUACCGCCAGGCCAUUGCGGACGGUGUCGACGAGAAGUGGGUCAAGGCGUGCACCGAGGGCGACGUGGUCUCCAAAGGGACGAACGUCGCCGUUGGCGUCCUGUCCAGCCACACGCGCAGCAUUGGCAUUCUGGUCGCGGCCGUCGACUUGCUGUUCGUUGCGCUGAACGGACCUUCGUGGUCGUGGCUCGACGCCGGCGCCGCGACGGUGCCGUUCCACCCCGAGCCCACACAGGAAGGCGAGCCUACUGGCGUUGCGGCGGUCCCGUUCGACGAGAUCAGCGCACGCCUGGUCGAGAUUCUGUCCAUCGACGCUGGAGGGCUCCCCGACGCGACGUUCACCCAGCUCGUGCUCGUGCUACGACGCGCGGCGCUCGCGGCUCCAGACGGCGCAGAGGCAGUCACUCCCAUCGUCCCUGCGCUCGUCAAGGCGCACGUCCUUCGCGCUCCCUGGCCCACUGACCCGGCCCGCCCCCCAAGCCUCCAGGCCCUCCGGCUCCUCCGCGAGGCCACGGUCUCGUCCCGCGUCUGUGCCGAGACGCUGGUAGGGGAGAAUGUCUACGCGCCACUGCUCAAGUUCCUGUCAGCUCCUCAGGCGCUCGUGGACAGCGUCUCGCAGGGAAUUGCAGUGGAGGUUCUGCGCACGUACUACGCUCUCGGGCGGUACGGGCUCGCAGCGUCAACUGCCACGUCUGCGCGCGAUAUCUGGGUGCCUCUCGGGCAAUGGGUCGCGCAGCAGACGGCAGCUGCCACUGUCGAUUCUGGAACAGCGGCGAUUGUCUCGGCAUACUUUGACCUCCUGCGCAUUUGGAUCAUCUGCGCGAUCGACCCGCACCGCACGACGCCAGAGCAUGACUUGACGUGGUCGCAGGUGACUGCCCUGCGCUGGGUCGAAGAGCUGCUAGCAGGAACAAGGACGGCGCUCACCGACCCUGUACGCUGGUCGCAGCUCGCGACUACGCUCGACGCGCUCGCGUCUUACGUCGAGGGCGUGACCAUCAACGGCGUUCGCGGUGGCGAAGACGAGAAGCGCGAGGUGCUCACCGCUCUCCGUGAGAUGGACCUCGUGGGCCACCUGCCACAGGGCAUCAACGUCGUCCCCCGCGACUUGGCCGAGCGCCAGCAGUUCAACACAGCCCUCACCGGCGUGUACCGCCUACACAACACGCUCCGCGACUCCGCCAACCCUGACACCGCACUCCUCGAGUCCCCCGAGAAGGAGCGGCUCCUGUGGUGGUUCGUCGCGACCACACAGACUUCCAAGUCUGACGCCUACCUCCGCCACGCGCUGCUCGAGACUGCGCGCAGAGAAACUGGCCUGCUUGAUGUCAAGCUGUGGGCCACGUCGGCAUUCGAUACGGUGCUCUCCUACGAGCCAGGCGACGAGCCGCUUGCGCUGUCCCUCGUCGACGACAUUCUGCGCACAGACUGGUCGACCUCCAAGAGCGGCGAUGCGUUCGUCAAGACCAUCGGGCACAAGGACGGGCUGCAGAUCCUCAGGCCUUUGCUUCACCACGUCAUCCUGCCCGACCUCGAGAACAUCCUCGGUCCCACGCGCCCAAGCCACCUGUACCUCAAGGCAACGGGCACGUUGCGGCCGCCCGCGCACGCAGGCGACGACCACCGCGGCCCGGGCCUCCCGCUGCCCCCAGACUGGGUGUACGCGCCGCUCGAUGAGCUCCUGGCGUCGGGCAGCUCGAGCGCAUUCGCGCUCGCCCCUUCAGACUGGGACGCCAACGAGGUGCAGCUCACGCGCGCGACGCUUGCCCUCGCGCGCCUCCGUGCCGCCGCGUCGCCGUCCGAGAACCGCUCGCUCACCAUCCUCAACGUCAUGAAGGUCUUCAUGCUCGAGCACGGGCAGCAGGACGCGCCGAACCAGGUCGCCGACGUGUUCCGCGACACGGCAGUCGCCGACUCGCUCAAGGCCAUCCUCGACGCCGUGUCCGUCCCAAGCCACCUCGCGCCCGCACCCGGCGCGGCACCCCUCGAAGGCGCCGCCCUGCGUUUCCUCGGCGAAGGGGUGCCCUUCUUCCAGUUCUACACCGACCUCCUGGCGCUCUUCGAGUCGGUGUCAUUCGGGGACAACCUCUUUGCGCGCACGCUCCUCCCGCCCCUGGCGAUGACCUACCCGGUUGACUACCGCCGCCUGUUCUGGGCCGAGCAGCCCGAUUCCCUGCGCAGUAUCCGCGUGCUCGACAAUGAGGCGCCGCUCGAGGCGUCUGUGGCCAGUGUCUACUUCACCCCGCUCGAGACGGAGCGCGACGUGCUGCAUGGGUAUGCGCGCGCGCUCUCCACAAGCGUGGGCGAGCAGCGCUCCCCGUUCCUCUUCCACGUCGCAGUGCACCACCUCGCCGGCCUGUUCUGGAAGGGUACAGAGGAGGCUCGCGAGAGCACGCGCGUGCAGCUCCUCGUCGUCAUUCUCAGCUCGGCGCAGGAUGCCCUCCUCCGCCGCGUCGUCGAGCACGACCUCGACAACCCCACCAGCGUGGAGCCUGCUCCCGAAGCCGAGGUGCAUGCCAGGGUACAGACCGCCGCCAGACUCACUGGUCCUCGCGGAGCGCAGCGCCUGCGCGCGUGUGGAUACCAGGUGUAA